AAGUUGGCGUUGCUUCAGUACCGCCUCAGUAUGUCCAGCAUGCCGAGCCAACCCUUCACCCCACCAGGCUCUGGGACCCUCAACACCUACCAAGAGCCGUUCAGCCCCACGGAGGAACACGUGUUGGUGGUUCGUCUCCUUGUGAAAAACCUCCACGCCUUCUCAAACAGCCUGAAGCCGGAUCAGCUGACCUCUUCCCCCCCGACACACUCACACACACACACUCACGCCAGCCCCCUGGAGGAGUUCAAGAGAGUGGUGGUGCAGCGCUUCGUGCAGCAGAAGCUCUACCUGUUCCUGCAGCACUGCUUCGGCCACUGGCCUCUGGACGCCUCCUUCAGAGCAGUGUUGGAGACGUGGCUCAGCUACAUCCAGCCAUGGAGAUACACCGGAGAGAAGAUCAACCCUCAGGCCGACCAGAACAGAACGGUCCCAGAGAAAUGGGAGUUCUUUGUGCAGGAGAACCUCCUCAUGUACACCAAGCUCUUCCAGGUUCUGCUGAACCGAACCGUCAGGACCGACCUGGUCAACGCCAAAAACGCUCUGAUGGUUUUCAGAGUCUCCAAAGUGUUCGCUCAGCCAAACCUCGCCGACAUGAUCCAGAAAGGAGAGCAGCUGUUCCUGGAGCCGGAGCACGUCCUUCAUCACCGGCAGCCGAGAGGAUACCUGACGCCCAAUCAGGGAGGCAGCUUCCUUUCGUCACGGCAACGCGUGGUGACAGACAUGGUGUUCAGGGUGAAGAGUCACGUCUACGCUCUGGAGGGACAAGACUGCCAGUACAAGCAGAUGUUCGGAAACGAACUCAGAGGAGCGGUCAUGAAGUUGAUCCAAAUCAUCGCCCAGGCCCGACAGACGGCCAAGAGGAUUUCUGAUCACUCCAACGAGGUGGCGGCCAGCAACUCCUUCCUCUCGUGGUUCGGGAUGGGAUCCUCGGACCUGAACAACACGUUCUCCGGCGCCGAGCCCGAGGAGAGCGGCGAGUGUUUGAAGAAAACCCACGAGUUCCUGGACCGAGCGCUGGAGCACCUGUGUCAAAUCUUCAAGCUGAACCAGGGUCAGCUGACUCAGCUCAUCUCCACUCUGGGCUCCUGUCAGGACGAAGGGAACUGCAAACAGCUGCCGGACUGCAUCCAGGGAGAGAACGGACUCCUUCUGACCGACCUGGGCCGCAAACAGAUCAUCAGUGGCCAACGCAGGUUUGACAUCCAGUACCAGGGCGACCCGGAGCUGCAGCCAAUCAGGAGCUACGAGAGCGCCCUGUUGGUCCGCCUCCUCUACAGGGUCUCCAGUCUCAUCAACCACAGGUUCGGAGCUCACAUGGACGCUGUUUGCUCCCGUCCGGACUUCCCGGGUCGCCUGUGUCGUCACUUCCUGUCUGACGGUGACUCCGCCCCCAGGCUGAAUCAGAGCCCGUUGUCGCGGCGAUGGUCAGAGCGUCCGAAGCGUCCGAGGCUGAGCCUGCGUCGGCUCGCCAGCUUCAGGACCCUGAUGGUUCUCCUGCUGAUCUACGGCCUGGGAGCCAUUCUGUCCUUCAGCCCCGUCUCCAGCUCCAUCAUCAUCCUCACCGGGGGCUUCCUGUACGGACUGGUGCUCACACUGCUCCAAGACAAACUGAAAACACACUGACACACACACACACAUUAACAGACUCACACAUAGACACAGACACACACACACACACACACACACACACACACACACACUGAAAACCGUUUAAAGUCCAGAGGGAAGUCAUCAAUUCUCUUGUUUUUCUAACCAAGUCUAAAAUCCUUAAAAUAUUCAUGUCUUAUAAUGUCAGAUUGAGUUAAAAGAGCAGAACACACACACAUGCACGCACGCACACAGACACACACACACCUGGAACGGGAGCAGAACAAAGAUCAGCUUUGAUUGUUUUGAUGUGUGUUAUGGCUGCAGAUAACUGUUACUUUUUUACCUUUUUUAAUAAUCAUUUUGACUUGAAAGUCCACAAGGAAGUCACCAAAUCUCUCGUUUUUCCAACAAUCAUUACAAAUGUCUUAUGUCAGAUCGAGUUAAAACAGCAGAUCUCUCUCAGACACACACAGUUGUCCUUGAAUAUUCUUUUUGACUAUAAAACACCAGCAAACAGUUAAAGUCCAGAGGGAACUCAUCAAAUGUCUUGUUUUCCAACCAACCGUCUAAAAUCCUCAACAUAUUCACGUCUUAGAGUUUAAACAGCUAAAUGAACAUUAGAGCGUCUUAAAUGAGAAGAUAUUUGUCUUUUUUCUAAAUAUGUGAGCUUGUUUCAGAGCCAUAGUCUGUUUCUACGGAUGAUUUUAUUCUUUUCAUGCUCCUGACAUUUACCUUCACGUUUCCCAGACUUUCCGAAGGGACAGCUUUUUAAGCGGGACGUGUGAAACCCUGUUGGACAGCUUUAUUUUCCUUUGAUAUGACUGCUGAACUCUUUCAGAUGUAAACCCUGCACAUAAACACAGUGUUGUUGCUCCUCUGUUUUCAGAAAGCAUCUGACAAACGGGUGCAUGCCAAAACAUUCAACGUGAUAACAAACAAUAAAACUGACUAUUUGUGUGACGGCAGGAUGCGUUUUUUGUCCAAGAGAUUCAAUAAACUGUUUGCACUUGUUGGGA